AUGAGUGGCACAUUUAGACUUAUUGAAUGGACAAUAAUAACAUGUAGAACAUUUCUCUACUAUCGAGCUGACAGAGCACAGUUCCCCCAAACUACAGUCCCCCACACCACAGUCCCCACAACACAGUCCCCCACACCACAGUCUCCACACACAGUCCCCCACAUCACAUCCCCCUCACACCACAGUCCCACACCACAGUCCCCCCACACCACAGUCCCCCUACACCACAGUCCCCCACAUCACAUCCCCCUCACACCACAGUCCCCCCACACGACAGUCCCCUUACACCACAGUCCCCCACAUCACAUCCCCUCACACCACAGUCCCCCCACACCACAGUCCCCCACAUCACAGCCCCUCACACCACAGCCCCCUCACACCACAGUCCCCACACACCACAGUCCCCCACACCACAGUCCCCCACACCACAGUCCACACAUCACAGCCCCUACACCACAGCCCCCUACACCACAGUCCCUCACACCACAGUCCCCCACACACAGUCCCCCACACCACAGCCCCCACAUCACAGCCCCUCACACCACAUUCCCCCACAUCACAUCCCCCUCACACCACAGUCCCCCCACCACAGUCCACCACAGCCCCCUCACACCACAGUCCCCUCACACACAGUCCCCCACACCACAGUCCCCACACCACAGCCCCCUCACACCACAGUCCCCUAACACCACAGUCCCUCACACCACAGUCCCCACAUCACAGCCCCUCACACCACAGUCCCCUAACACACAGUCCCUCACACCACAGUCCCCCACAUCACAGCCCCUCACACCACAGUCCCCUAACACCACAGUCCCCUCACACCACAGUCCCCUAACACCACAGUCCCUCACACCACAGUCCCCCACAUCACAGCCCCUCACAUCACAGCCCCUCACACCACAGUCCCCUAACACCACAGUCCCCUCACACCACAGUCCCCCUGAACAAACAGCCUCUGCUGCACGUGUAGAGUCUCAAGUCAGCUGA